AUCAGGCUUGAUUCACAACCCUACCCUUAACUCCAGGCCAAUCAGAGCAAAGGGGCGGAGCUAAAGACAGAGACAGAAUGGUAUGGGAUAACGUAGCUGUGAAAGAGAAAGGUAUGAUGAAGGUUGUGACGGUUGCCGGGCGGUACGGAAGCGAAGUCUGUGCCAAACUUGACAGUGUAACUUUGGACCUCAUCUUGACAACUACUAGCAUUGAACGGGUUGAUUUAUUGCGAAUAUUGACGCGAAUCACGCAAAAUUAUUAAAUUUAGAAAGUAAUUAACAUUGAUUAAAUUUAUUAAUUCCAAUUUAUUCUACCACUAUUUAGCUUUUUAAUUACGUAUUUUCAUUUUUGAUGAUAAAUUAAAAUAAAGUGAUUACAUAAACUAAUUAAUUCCGAUUACAAGACUGGUCGAGUCCAUAGUGAAUAUUAAGUGGAUAGUUGACAGCUGAAAGAAACUUUUUAUUACAACAAUAAGUUGAAACUAUAUGUGAAGUGUCGGACAUUUCCCGGUGAGUGUCGUCGCGAUGUCUGAGACCGGUCGACGAGGAGCUGCAUACACCAUCGAUAAUAUUCUUGGACAUACAGACAGACAAACAGAUCGCGUGGAACUAAAAAGCGAGAGCGGCGGUCAUUCGGACUCCGAGCACGAGGCCGAGCACGCCGAGCACGCCGAGCACAGCGAGCACAGCGACUUACACAAUGAUCAUAACGAUCACGAGCACUUGGAGCUCGAGGGACGCCCGCGCAAGCAGGUGCGGCGCAGUCGGACCACCUUCACUACGUACCAGCUUCACGAACUGGAGCGAGCGUUCGACAAGACACAGUAUCCUGAUGUGUUCACGAGGGAGGAGCUGGCGAUGAGGUUGGAUUUGAGCGAAGCCAGAGUACAGGUUUGGUUUCAAAACCGCAGAGCCAAGUGGCGCAAGCGGGAGAAGGCGUUAGGGCGGGACCACGCUCCGUUUAUGCAUCAUGACCACGUGGUCGGCGAGUGGGGCGGAGGUGGCCCCCCUGGCGGCGAGUGGUGGGCCCUAGGCCUCGGGGCCGGGCUUGGAGCCCUAGGGGUGCCUACGCCGCUGUGGCACGAUGCUGAACCUGCCGCGGCCUUCAGAGCUCUGCUUCAUAGGUACGUCCUCGCGUUACCGCCGCCCGCGCUGCGCCCCCCAGAGCCGGAGCCCCCCGCGCCUGCCUCACCCCCUUCCCCACCUUCCCCGUCCUCGUCCCUCGCUCGUCUGGCUAGCGCUGAAGCGUUACGUCUUCGAGCCCACGAUGCGUUGUUACAGGACAGAGUCGCUCUUCAGCAUAAUAAUAAGGUCCACACGUAAUGCAUUGAUAAAAGAAUGGGUAAUGAUUUCAAAAGGAUUCAAAAGUGUCAUGGUCAAUAAUGGUCAUAAUAAAAAAAUAUUAUCACAUACACACAAUAAAUUACUUAAUUAAAUAGAAAAUAUUAAUGUCUAUUAUUUUGUACGAACAAUAAGCAAAAUGUUUAAGGUAUUUAUUUUACUUUCACUGAAAAAAGAAAUUGCUAUGACAAUAUAUACCUUUCUCUUCAUUUGUAUUAAUUGGUGUGCGUAAAUAAGUAUAAGACGUGUGCCUUAAUGUGUGUAGAUAAACCGAAAUUACAUUUUCAACUUAGCAUUCCAUAAGAUCUCAUGUUAAAAUAAUAUUUCCCAUGUAAAUAUAAUAAUGUAAAUAUAUGUUUAGGAAUUAAUGUGUGAAUAAUUUAGAUCAAUGAAUUCAAUAUUGCUGUUGUAAUGAAACUUUGUAUUUAUUCGAUACAAUUAAUGUGCAGUUCAUUAUGAUAAGCAUAAAUAUGAGAGCCAACCAUAUUAGUAACCAUUUUAUUGAAACCAUCGAACUGUAUUUUCAUUCAUAUUGUAAAUAUACUUUGUAAAUAGUACGUUGAAAAUUAUUCGAUACCAUUUAGCACCUAUUUGUAUUUUGAGAAUAUUGUAAAAAUAAAUAAAAUUGUACAUUUCAAAUUGGAAUAACACAAUAAUUAUAGUAAUUAUUGCAAUAGAACAUUUUGAGCACCAUUGUCAUUUUUUAAAAAUUAUCUAAACUAUGACGAUAAAUAUAUGUAAAACUGGCCAGCAAAAAUAUCUUCUAAAAUUGUACAAUUUUGUUGGUGAACCUGUACUUAGAAUAACUGUAUGUAGUCAAGUUAUUUAUUGAAUAGCAGUAGAAUUAGAGAGUUUGCAAUAAAUUUUAAGUGUAGCGAUCGUAAUAAACACAUGAAUCAUA